AUGUCAGAGAAGCGGGAAGAACCUGAAAAGAGAGGCGAGAAGAAAGGCGAGAAGAAAGGCGAAAAGAAAGGCGAAAAGAAGAAAAAACCGAGCAAGAAGCCCAAGACCAAGGUUGAGGAGGCUCCAGCAGUCGAAGCGGUCGACGAGGUCGAGGCGGCUGCCGACGACAAAAAAUCCACCAAGUCAAAGUCGAAGAAGAGGAAGCACGACGACACCGAGGACGUGCCCCAGCCCGCGACAGAGCAAGAAGCCGACGGCGGAGUGGACCAGAAGGAAAAAAAGAAGCGCAAGAAGGCCAAGGAGCAGGCUGCCGGCAAUGAGACAGGCGAAGCAGACGAGAAUGCUGAGCCCGGCAAGCAGCGAUUCAUAGUCUUCAUCGGCAACCUGCCGUUCUCCGCAACCAAGGAGUCCGUGGCCGCGCACUUUGAGAAGAUCCACCCCUCCUCGAUCCGCGCGCCUAUGACCAACGACAACAAGAAGUCCAAGGGCUUCGCCUUCCUCGAGUUCGACCACUACGACCGUAUGAAGACAUGCCUGAAGCUGUACCAUCACUCUAGCUUCGACGACGGGAAGAGCCCUGCAAGGAAGAUCAACGUUGAGCUGACUGCCGGCGGCGGUGGUUCAAAGUCAUCCGCUCGCAAGGAAAAGCUGCAGUACAAGAACGAGCGGUUGAACGAGCAGCGCAAGCGCCGCCUGGAACAAGAAGCGAAGGAGAAGAAGCGGGAGGACAGGAAGAAAGCUCAGGCGGGCAAGGGCGCGAAUGCCGAGCCUGUCGACGGCGCGCCGGCGACGGAUGGUGGUGCGGAUAGCAACCAGGGCAUACACCCCAGUCGGCUGGCCCAGAUGCAGCGAUAGACACUUGGGCGAAGAGAGAGGCGGACAGCUUCGGGCUUCGAUUUAUAAAGCGCUAAGUGGGAAGGCACGAAGUGGGAAGACACUAAGUGGGAAGGCACUCAUCGCUGAGCAGAAUACCCCGUUUGAACGAAGAAAGAUACUACGUUUCUUGGAAGCUUGGAUGUGUUAUUAAAUCACAUGUUUUGGCCGUCUGUGUGAUAAAGUAUACCUUGUCUCAUGAUUCAUGGAGGACCAAGGCUUGUGAACGCUCGUUGUAUAUUCUCAUAAAAAAAUGUAUCAUUAGUCUG